UCAAAUUCUCCAGAAAAUGAUUUUGAUACAGAGUGCAAAUCGACAAUAAAACUGCUUAGGACACGACUCGGACGAUAAGCGGUUGUGAGCUGGAAAAUUUUUAUCUAAUUGUUUCUAGAUAAUUUGUGUUCGGGGUUCCAAAGAUAAUCUUGUAUUGUGAUUUGUUGUGUCGAAGAAAUUUAGUGGACAGUGGUCAUACAAGUGAGAUUCAACUAAAAGUGAAGUGGUAUUAGAUAUAAGGUGUUGGCUGUUGGGUCUGUUAGUGAAUCAGAAUUAUCGAUUUGUUUGUGAAUUGUGAUGUGUGUCGUGAUAGAAGAUUUCUUUGUGAGAAAAAUGCAUUGAAGCAGUUUGGUUUAAUUCACGGCAUUUGAAUUGGAUAUACAAAUAGCGAAUCAACCUCAUUAGUAUUCAAAUCAGCGAUUAACAGGCUUCGUGCAAUGCCAAGUACGCUACUAUUCGCCAACAGCAAUGAAGGUCGGGUGUAUGCUCUGUCUACGGCAGGGUCUGCGUGGCGAGAAUUCCUCUAUCUAGGGUUGGAGUUUAAGCGAAUUUCCGUAGUUCCGCAUUUUAUGUGGGCUAUCGGUGGCGAUAGACAAGUUUAUGUUCACGUUCAUGGUCUGGACAUCCCGAUCCGGAUUAAGGAGGAAGCCUAUGAAAAUGAGCGAUGGCUUCCCAUCGAGGGAUUCUCCAGUCGAUUGUUACCAACUGAUCGGUAUCACUUCUCCAGCGUUGAUGGAACCGUCGAUAGGAAUAUCGACAAGAUUCGUCUGCCUUCCAUGGCAUGGCAAUGGGAAGGCGAAUGGCAGCUGGAUCUCACCUUGGACGGGCAACCACUUGACCACGAUGGGUGGACGUAUGCGGUUGACUUUCCAGCUACUUAUCACCCACAGAAGAACUGGAAGUCUUGCGUUCGACGUCGGAAAUGGGUCCGCUUUCGUAGAUACUGUGCGCUCAACUCCUGGUGUGCCGUGGCCCCUCUUCACAAAGAUCCCACGCAGGAACCAUUCAUUGACGUAGCCAUCAAUGGAAGCAAUGUUCCUGGAGCACCUCCAGGUAUACUGCUUGUUUGGGCAGUAACAGCCCAUGGUCGAGUGAUGUUUCGAUCAGGAGUGAGCACCACCUCGCCCGAAGGACUCCGGUGGACUUCCGUAACGACCCCAUCAGGCUGUGAGGUCUCGCAGAUCGCAGUUGGUCCCACUGGACUAGUUUGGGCUUGUCUAUACAAUGGAAGGGCCAUUGUUCGCACUGGUGUUACCAGGGAUGCUCUUAUGGGAGCAACCUGGUUGGAAGUGAAGCCCCCUGGUACCAACCUGAAAAUCACUCAGGUCUCCGUUGGAACCAAUGCAGUGUGGUGUGUGACCAAUGAUAACCAUGUCUGGUUCCGUAGAGGUGUUCAUGGGGAGGCGUCCGGAAUCAGCGAAGAUGCUGCUAUUGGCAGCGGAUGGGUUGAGAUGGUAGGAAACAUUUCCUACAUAUCUGUAGCAGCUAACGAUCAGGUUUUUGCCGUGGGAUCAGAAGACCGUGCACUGUAUUUCCGUUCGGGAGUUUCCAGUUCAGACCUCACGGGUAAGAAAUGGCGCUUGAUUCAGCUUCCACUUCAAAUGAGCCGGACUUCCAGCAACUUUUCACUGUCUAGUAGACGCAGUGGGAGCGAGUCACCUUCCACGAAGCAUAGAAGUUUGAACAGUCUCUAUAAAGAAAGACUACAGCAGGAGAAUGCUUCGCUUGUUGAGAAUAAUGAAGAAACUUCCAGAUCUGCUCCAACUGCUAACCCGAAGCAACGACCAGAACUAUGGCAUAAGCCGGAGAUAUCACCAGAUGCGCUGGCCACCAAACUAGAAACUCAACAGCCUGGAAGUUUGGUUGAGAAGAAGGUUACCCGAAAUCUCUCCAACGAAACGGUUGUUGCAUCGAGUGCUCCCCUAAAUGAAGUGUACGAAAUCUCCGGAAAACAAUUGAAGAACUCGCGAGCAUGGAGUCCAGUACGAAGCGUUGGCUCCGUUGUUGGCACAGAGGCGCAUCCCGAGUCGGAUUCCAGCGUGUUUGAGGGGGAGAGUUCUCGCGACUCCGGUGUAUUUGGCGAGUACGAAGACCACGGUGGGUCGCAAAACUGGGCAGAUCACGAAGUUCAGUGGGUUGGAUGUGCUGCCGGAGCAGUCAGCGUUGACCCCAAUCAGCUGCCAAACUGGUUCAAUGAUAGCUGCGGCAAUGCAAACCAAGAAGAACUGACCCAGCCAUGGCGUAUCAAGAUCUUGGAUGAUCUGAAGCAGCGACCGCCAGGGCCAUUGCACGAAAGUGACUUUGCCUUGUACGAGAAAGCCAUCGAAAUGUCUUCCUGGGUAAAAUCAGGGGAAGCUCGCGUUGCCAAAGCCGGUCAUGCUUUCGAGGAUUGCUUGAUCGAGUUAGAAUGGGUUAACAACCAAGGUACGGGACCGGACUCAGGAACUCUGACAGUGCUGAACUCGGACGGAAUCACCACCAAAAUACAAUUCUCGCUGUCGGAAAUCACCUGUGUGAUGUGUUGCAGUGAGCCUGGUUCGCCAAGGCUCGCCAUCCAUGCUCCGCGGCUUCCUCCGGGAUCAUCACCAAUCAAAAUUCAGUUCAGUGGCGAUACCGAUUUGGAGGACUGGCUUUCGCAUUUGACUUCGGUUUGCUGCCAAAUCAACGAAGUUCACGGAAAACCUUCAACCCGAUCGAUGUGGAUAACGUCGAACAUGGGAGACGUCUUCGUCUUUGAUCCUACCAAUCUGGAAGCAUCGCAAUGGCGUCCUGAAGGACAGAUUUACCAACAGAAAAUUGAUGUUUCCGCUGCUGAAACUCCGUAUUUGACGUCGCUAGAUAACGGUAUGAUCAUCGGGUCGCGACUGGAGAUAUCCGGGUUUGUGUACGACGACGCUGACCACAUUCGAUUCGAUCUGCAGAGCUAUCCAACGGUGAGGGUACGUCACAAGAUGGAGUCCCAAAGGAACAUCCCGUUGCACAUCAACCCACGGUUCAACGAGCGGAUCACAGUGUUCAACUCGAUGGAAGCUUCUCACUGGAAUGAGGACGAAAAGCGGGACAGUCAGAUGCUGUUUGCUCCGGGUGCGGAGUUCAAGCUCGGGAUCAGGAGUGAUCGUGACGGAUUUCAAAUCACUGUCAAUGGAAAGGAUUACCCUAAGUUUAGAUAUCGAAGGGGUCUCGCACCCCACACUAUCUCCAGCUUGUACAGUAGUGGUCGGGUCAAGAUCUUCCAGAUUGUCUACGAGAGCCCAAAAUUGAUCAUUCCUCUGAAGGAUGUGUUCUGGCGUCAGAUCGGUGGUCAUCUACGUCGCGUUCAGUCCAGUAAGGCCGGAGUUGUGUGGGGUCUUGGUUACGAUAACACAGCCUGGGUCUAUACAGGAGGGUGGGGAGGAGUUUUCCUCAAAGGACUAGAGACAAGUAACCAAGGCAUCAAUACAAUGACUGACACACAUAACUAUCACAUCUACGAGAAUCAACGCUGGAACCCGCUAUCAGGCUUCUCCACGACGGGUCUACCGACGGAUCGUCACAUGUGGAGUGACGUGACGGGGAAACACAAGCGUAGCAAGGAACACACCAAGCUGCUGUCGAUGCACUGGCAAUGGAUCAGCGAUUGGUUGGUGGACUUCCACAAUCCGGGAGGAGUUGAUCGGGAUGGUUGGCAGUACGCUGUAGAUUUUCCGGCGACUUAUCACGCAAAGAAGCAGUUCACGGAUUACGUUCGUCGUCGACGUUGGUACCGUAAGUGUAGAUUGACUACAACUGGUCCUUGGCAGGAAGUCGGCAACUCGAAGAUCGUGGACGUAACUCUGCAAGCCAACAGCGAUGAAGUGGAUUGUAGCGUUAUGGUUUGGGCUGUAGCAGCAAAUGGGGAUGUUCUGUAUAGAAGAGGUGUUAGUCUUUCACAACCGGCGGGAACUGGUUGGGAGCAUGUGGCCUGUGAUCAACCGUUGGUCAGUAUUAGUUGUUACGAGAACAAAGUCUGGGCCAUCGGGAAGAAUGGAUCCGCCUAUUGGCGGUGCGGAAUCUCGGUGGAAAAUCCACUCGGCUCGAAAUGGCAACCGGUGGAACCUCCAGGAGGGGUAACCUUCAAGCAAAUUUCCGUUGGAAAGGCCGGAAUCUGGACGGUGGAUACGACGGGACGCCUGUCGGUGAGGAAGGAAAUUACUCCAACCUUCCCGGAAGGUAGCCACUGGCAGCUGUUGAGUAACAUUCAAAACGACCCUCCGCAUUACGAGGGAAAUGUUGGAUUCAAAAAUGUCUCCGUUGGGGAACAUGUGAUGGCGGUAUCUCAAUCGGGGUACAUCUGCAAGCGUAGUGGUAUCAGUCCGGAUAACCCCGGCGGUACCGGGUGGACCUUGGGGAUACAGGGAAACUGGCACUACGUGAGUGCAAACGGAUUCUGUGACUAAUUUUUACGUUUUCAACGAACAUUUCUCAACGCAUAACCAUUAUUCGGAAGAGGCCAUCUUAUUUCACUAUCUAUUAACCGUAAGCGCUAACCAACAUCAAAAGUCAUAGCAUUACUUGCAUAAUCUCAACUUUGGCUGUACAAUAUCUGUAUGUUUAGCUCAUAAACCAAAGCUUACUUAAGAUUACAAUUGUUAUGGAUUGGAUCAAUAAAUGGAGGCUUAUAUGCUUAUGUGCA